CCCUCUCUGCCUUGUUUAUAGUGUCUUCGUUUACCAGCCUUGCGCGCGCGUGCCACUGUCGUCAACCGAUUCCUGUCUGGAGUGUCUGACCGCCGGUGGGCGAGUGGGGUGUGUCUGCGAGCGGAGAGAGCUUGCGGUUCAGACUCCUUGUACACAACACGACUCGAGUGAGAAUAAAAUGCUGCAAAAUCUGAAAUUGACACGACUCGGAGUCUAGCGGUAAUCUGACACUUGUUUGUUCGCCAGUUCGGAGAGAGACUGCCUGGAACCAUGAAGAAAUCGAGCCCGGCGAAGCAACUACCACCGCCACCGGCUGAAGUCACCGUGCCAGAUAACGAGGUUACUGUGCAACAACUGAACGAGCUGUUGUCAAACAGCAGCGGAUUUUACAGUUUACCAACACAGCAUUUCAACGAGGUCUUCCCUAGAAUAUACGUUGGUAACGCGUUUGUGGGCCAGAAUCUGAUGCGUCUGCAGAAGCUGGGCGUGACCCACAUCCUGAACGCGGCGGAGGGCAACUCCUUCAUGCACGUCAACACCAACGCAGAGUUCUAUGCUGGCUCGGGCAUCACCUACCACGGCAUCCAGGCCAACGACAAGCCUCAGUUCAACCUCAGUACAUUUUUUGAGGAGGGGGCGGACUUCAUCGAGAAGGCUCUGGCACACAACAAUGGCAAAGGGAAGGUGUACGUUCACUGCCGAGAGGGCUACAGCCGCUCGCCCACCAUUGUCAUCGCUUACCUCAUGCUGCGCCACAAACUGGACGCCCGGGUGGCGGUUGCCACGGUGAGGCUGAAGAGAGAGAUCGGACCCAAUGACGGCUUUCUGCGCCAGCUGUGCCAACUCAACGAGAAGCUGGCAAAAGAGGGCAAGUUGAAUGGGGUAAUGCCAGUCGUGGCUGCCAGGUUAAAGACAAAGUAAGAGAGGGAGAGAGACCCAACCCCUCCUAUUCUGCCUUCCAUAGGAGAACACCUGACUCAAUACACCCUGACCGGAAAACGUCUCACACACAUGCACACACACGUACAUGUAACAUGCAUGCAUACAUGCAUACACUGUACAUAAUGGUGACAGUCACACAAUAACUCUCACUCACACACACACAAACUCUCCUCUAUCUGUCAUGCUGCCGUCCUCUUUCUCACCUUCACUCUGUCUCUCGCUCUACUGAUCUCCUUGGGUACAUUUGUCUAAACCCCAGCCUGUUCCGAUAGUGGGGAAGUAUGUUAGGCCGAGGGGGGGGAAAGGAGGGUACCUGGGGCAUGCAGGCAUCCUUCUAACCAUGGCUCAGUGCUUUACAGUUUACUCUGUCACCCAUCUUCUCUCUGUAGAUUCCAUAAGCAUACGUCCCACCGCUGGCACACACAGCCCCAAAGUUCCCUGGGUGUGAUGUUUUGACUUGACCAAUGAAGCAUUCCCUAGACCAUAGGCUUAAAACACUGAACAUUUCUCUCCGUGUUCCACACUUUUGGAGCUCUGAGGUCGGAAGGGAUGUACAAAUAAUAUAUUAUAGCACAAUCAUUAAACAGAAUCCCACUGCCGGGACUGUCAGACUACAAUGAUGUCAUGACACCAACAAAAUGAUCUCUGACCAGUCUGGAAUGUUUUGGGCCAUUUUGGUUUAGACUAUUCCUGAUUGGGUGUGACAACGAAGCACACUGACAUCACACAAGGAAGUGACAUGGGUAGUGUUAGGUGGGCUAAUUUGGUGUAUAAAAAACAUUCCAUAGAGACUGGCUCCCCAAGAUGUCAUACACACACACACACACACACACACAUCAUGUCUAAGUAGAAGCAAGCAGCAACACACACACACCCAUCAUGUCUAAGUAGAAGCAAUCAGCAACACACACACCCAUCAUGUCUAAGUAGAACCAAGCAGCAGCAUGCACACACACACACACACACACACACACACACACACACACACACACACACACACACCCAUCAUGUCUAAGUAGAACCAAGCAGCAGCAUGCACACACACACACACACCCAUCAUGUCUAAGUAGAAGCAAGCAGCAGCACACUUUCUUGUGUGCAUUUACAGGGAUGGAACCUAUUUACAAAG